AACAUGACGCACGCUCAUAGGCUGACGCUUUGCUCUCCUUUAACGUCUGUAAAGGUGUGGGUUCAUUUCCUGACCCUUUCCGCGCGUGCAGCAUCAUCUCCUCGCAGGCUGUUGCAUCCUCCUGAGGGACCGUCGGUGCUCUUCACAGCCUGCACACUACAUACCGGUCUCUGAUUCGCAAUCUGGGUAAUGUCACUCAUUCAUUUGCGAGCUCGGAUGUGUUAUAUUGUCUCUCACAGCAUACACGCGGCUGUUCGCGGGGAUACUACGGAAUUACAGCCGCAACAAAUGAUGAUGUGACAGCCAUCCGUUCAGAUAGAUAAUAAAAGCUCGCUGUGCAGUGGACGCUGCAUUUCUGCUAACGAAGCAAAGCCUCAGACGAGCCUUUCCCAGAUGAACAGAUACAGUAGUGUUCACUACUGACAAGCAUCAGUCAUUGGGAAUAAUACACUGCACGCUGCAUUACAAACAUUCUGGGAGGAGGAGAAACAGGUUUUAAGAAACUGUACAGUUGAGUGUCUGCAACCCAUGAGCCGUGUGUCAGGAGAAGCAGCAGUUCAAACUCUCUGUGGCCUGUCGUCCUCUCUGCUCUCUUCUAAUGGUUUGAUGGAGAUCUGGUCGGAUGACAGCUGGAACUGUUGUCAUAACCGGAGGAAUUCUCGCAACAGUGAUACUCCUGUGUAUCAUUGCAGUGCUUUGUUACUGUAGACUCCAGUAUUACUGCUGUAAGAGGAAUGAGUCAGAAGGGGAGGCGGGCUCGGUCGGAGAUCCUCAGCCACAGUUCGCCUGCAACGCAUGCAGCGCUCCGGGAGUGGACGGGGCGGCUGUCACACCUCUCUCGCUGCCCUACGACCCCGCUCCACCUCACAGCUACUGCCCGACUUGCUCACCCUACUACCUCCGUGGCACGGAUGAGAUGCGAAACGGCGGCGAACGCCUGUCCUACAUGCCCACUCACUACGAGAACCAUGGCGCCACUGCCCUUGGUCUGGCCGCAAUGUACGGCCCCAUGCUGAGCCAUCGCAGUACGCCGGACUUUUACACCAAUACACGAGCCAUCAGCACUGACGUCUGACCCUCACAGACCCGGAGAUGGACCCAGGGACAGAGCCGCCUCUGUGGACCAGAGCAAAUGGGGCAGUUGCGUCUCUACGCGCCAAGAGUUAAAAAAGACCUACGGGAUGCCAUGUUAUUCUUCCACAAAGGCCACACUAAGGCCAUCUUUAGUCUUCCAUUGUCUUUUGUUUUACCUGCUGUUUACCUCUUCUUCUUCUUCUUCUUCUUCUUGCACAUCCCUUCCUUUUGUUCUUUGAGGGCCGUGUGUUAUAUGACAUGAAGUGUUUGUGGAGUUUUUGGCCUUUUUAAUGUAAGUUUUAAAGGUUAAAUGCAAAUAGGGUAUUUUGUUUAUCUGGAAAAGUCAGAUGAAGCAUAUAUUAUAGUCAGAAAAUCGAAAUGGAGCAGCCCAAGGAAGCUUUUUAGGCUCAUCUCAAGUAUUUUGUUGUUUAUUGUGACAUAAAAGGCAAACAUUCCACACAAAUUUUUAAUAGCUUUAAAAAAAAGUAUCUUUGUUGAAAAGAGCAUGACAUUCAGCUUUACCUAAAUAUCCCCUGAUAUACUGAAUCUUUGUCUUUGAAAAACUUAUUUUAGGAUGAGAAAUUAACCAAAAUGUGAUUGUCUUCAUGUGUGUUGAACUGUUGGGAAAAUGUUAAAUGAAUUACUGAUGAUGAUUAUAUUGGUAUACAGUUCAUAUUUGAAUAUAUGUGUCACAUUAACUAAAAUUCACAAUGGCACAGAGUGUUGACAGUUGCUGAGUUAUCAGAUAAUACUGAGGUUGGUCACUUUUUUUGUCCAUAUCCACUACAUACUACAAUUAAGAGCUUUUUAAAGUAGCAUUGCAGAAAUCUCCAAUGGCAUAUAAUUUUCAAAUUUAUAUGCAGCAUUUUCAAAAAUCUUCUGAGGCACUGAGAGAAAAUGACUGGAAAAUAUUGAAAACAUUUCAUUAUCUUGUCCCUGUUUGUAUGAUAUUAUGGCAGUGGAAAUGAUACUUAUAGGAACGAUAGUUUCCUUGUCUUUGCAAAUGCGUUUAUGUAAGUUAUUAUAUUUUCUCACAUACUUGUUUCAGUAGCCAUUGGUUUAUGAAUUGUGCAUUCUGAUGUCUGUGUUCACUCUCUCUCUGAAGCACUCUUUGUUAGUAACUGGAUCACAUUACAAAUCACAGGAUGGCACUUCUAUUUUACAUGUGAAUACUUUUUGGCAAAAAUGGGAAAAAAAUAUGGAAGUAUAUCAGUCUACGGUUUAAAAUACUGAGGAAAAAAGAGUAGUCUAUUGUCCACAUAUUUCACAGAAUGCUUUUGAAUAUAAAUGAAGCAUUUAUAAAUGCCUGUAGACUUUUAUAAAAUUGGUCAAUUGUGAUCAGAGUAAUAAAAGCCAUUUCACAUCUAUACAAAUACAUGUACAUAAAGAUCAAAUUAUUUCAAUGAUUGAAAUGUUUCCUGUCAAGUCUAUA